AUGCACGGUCAGCGCCACCGCCCGAGCUUCCGGAAGCCCCCAUGCCGUUCCCGUCGCCCCCAUCAAGCUCGCACCGUCGGCUCCUCCCCUACCACCGCCAACUACACCGCUCCAGCCAACUGCCCUGCCCCCUGGUCCCGAGUCGUCCUCGAGCUCUCCGCCUCGGUCUCCGACAUCCAAAAAGACCGCAUCGCCGCCAUCUGGCUUAACGGAGCGGAGAUCCUACGGACCACCACGCCGUUCCCAAUGUCCCCGGGCGUGUACUGGCGCGUGCGGAAGGACGUCACUCGGUACACGGCGCUGCUCCGUGGAACUUCUGAGCUUGCCAUGAUGCUGGAAAUGAUGCUGGAAAACUCAAAUUUCACCUUUCCUGGGGUAUACUCCGUCAAUGUUUCUCUUCAUUUUUAUCGCGGCGCCGUGCACCAAAGCCACGACGAGGGGCGUCUUAAUGCUCACCCGACAAUCCGAGGCCUCUAUCGGGAGCCUGCCGAUCUAAUCAUACCGGUGUCAAAAACUUGCGGGAAUGUCGACGGUGGAUUCUGGUUCAAAGUUACGAACGAGUCGGACGUGCAGGUGGCCAAGAUAACUGUUCCGAGAAAUACAUACCGUGCCGUUUUAGAAGUUUACGUCUCCCACCAUGACGACGAUGAGUACUGGUACUCCAACCCUCUUCGCACCACCACAUUAGCCGGCCAUGUUGGCAGCGGGUACGGGUCCAAGAAGCCCAACGGAGGGUUCCGUCAGGUGUGGCGAUGGAUCGAUGAAAUAUGUCGGCUCGGCAGUGCCGUUCCCGUCAUAUACCCUGGCUCCAUCAACACCUCUUCUGGGUCCAGUGACGGCGCAUCGGGGCAUCGACCAUCCUUCUAUGACCUCGACCUCACCCCUUUCGUUGGCCAGCUCGUUGAUGGCCGACCACAUGAAUUUGGCUCACCGUUCGCGACAGCCAGCCAUACUGGUCUUGUUGACGCUAACCUCCACUUAUGGCUCGAUGCGUGGUCUGACCAAGUCGAAGGCGCAUUGGUCCGAUACAAAGUCCCGACUCUUCGUAUGAGCAAACAAGCUGACUGGCGAAACUCUGACGGGAAAUCUGAAGUUGAGGGACAGACCAUCGUUCGGUUCUCUGGCUGGGUGAGCUCCUCUGAAGGAAAUACAAGCACGAGCAUCCGACAUAAAAUCAAGUUCAAGAGCCACAUUGAGGUCGAAGACAAGGGAAACACCAAGAACGUCGAGAUGGAGAGCAAAGCGAGGACAACAAUCCGAAUCGAGAGGGAUCAUGUAGUGCUCAGGAGAGUAUCGGUUGACACUGAGAAUCCAUUGCAGAUGAUGACGAUGAGCUCGAACGGAGGGGGAGGGACAAGGAUUCACAAGACGAAGAUGUCCCAUGAGAUGAUGGAGAUGAGGAGCAUGACGGCGGGGAAAGGUGAGUUUUAG